AGAAUUUGUGUAAUAAAAAAAUAGAAAGCAUAACCACUUGAACUCAAGGACAAACGUCACCUAACCAAGUUUCAAACUCAUCCUAAUCCUAAAUGCUUAUAUAUAUUGACAUACAACUCUUGAAAUCUUCAAUACAAAAACAAAAGAAGAAAUAAUAGUGUUAAAACAAUGUCACCCUUAUUCUAUUACUCACUCCUCUCUCUAACCUUCAUCAUAACCAUCAAAAUUAUACUCCAAAUUCAAUCAAGAAGGCUUAAAAACCUUCCACCAGGUCCACCAACAAUCCCUAUAAUUGGCAACCUCCACCUUCUAAAACACCCUCUCCACCGUACCAUCACAACCUUAACACAAAAAUACGGCGACUUAAUUUCACUUUGGUUCGGUUCACGUCUAGUUGUUGUUGUCUCUUCGCCUUCUUUAGUUCAAGAAUGCUUCACCAAAAACGACAUUAUUUUAGCCAACCGCCCAAAGUUUCUAACUGGAAAAUAUAUCUUUUAUGAUUAUACCACUUUAGGCUCAGCUUCUUACGGAGACCAUUGGCGUAACCUACGUCGUAUAACAACUCUUGAUGUUCUCUCCAACAAUCGUCUUAACUCCUUUUUAGGAGUUCGAACUGACGAAGCAAACAGACUUGUACAAAAGCUUCUCAAAGACGUCACCUCCACCUCUGGAGGAGGUGACGACGACGAUUUCACUAAGGUGGAACUGAGACUGAGACUAACAGAGAUGACGUUUAAUUCUAUGAUGAGAAUGAUAUCCGGGAAAAGGUAUUAUGGAGAUGACGGAGACGUGACAGAUGUUGAAGAAGCAAAACAAUUUAGGGAGAUAAUAAGUGAGAUAAUGUCUUUGUUAGGUGCUAAUAAUAAGGGUGAUUUUUUGCCUUUGUUAAGAUUUUUAGAUCUUGAUAAUUUGGAAAAGAGAUGCAAAAGGAUUGCAAAAAGAGCUGAUGCAUUUUUGGAGGGACUCAUUGAGGAACAUCGCAGUGGAAAUCAUAAUAGUGAUGGAAAUACUAUGAUUGAUAAUCUUUUGAAGCUAGGUGAAAUCCAGCCUGAGUAUUAUUCUAAUCACAUAAUCAAAGGUCUUAUUCAGGCUAUGCUUCUUGCUGGAACAGACACGUCAGCUGUGACAAUAGAAUGGAUAAUGUCUGAAUUAUUAAACCAUCCAGAAGUAUUAAACAAAGCAAAGGAAGAAUUAGACACACAAAUUGGAAAAAACAAAUUAAUAGAUGAACAUGAUUUAUCAAAACUUCCAUAUCUACAAAACAUAUUCUCCGAGACACUUAGAUUGCAUCCACCAGCUCCAUUACUAUUACCACAUUAUUCAUCAGAGGACUUUACCCUUGGAGAGUUCAAUGUUCCAAAAGAUACUAUAAUAUUAACUAAUGUUUGGGCCAUUCAUAGAGAUCCAACACUUUGGGAUGAUGCUUUGAGUUUUAAGCCCGAGAGAUUUGAAAAAGAAGGGGAGAUCAACAAAUUGAUUGCAUUUGGGUUAGGAAGAAGGGUUUGUCCUGGAUUAAAUUUGGCCCAACGUACGGUGGGCCUUACCGUGGGCUUGUUGAUCCAAUGCUUUGAAUGGAAAACAGAGAAUUUGGAAAAAAUUGAUAUGAUGGAGGACAAAGGAAUUACCAUGCCAAAGAAGAUCCCAUUUAAGGCUAUGUGUAAAGCACUACCUAUUGCCAAUGAUCUUAUGAAGUGAAUAUUUUACGGCUAGUAGUAAUUGGGUAAUGAUAACAAAAAGUUGUGUGAUGUUUGAAUAAAGAGAGAGAGCAAAUUAUUACACUAUUUUAUACAUGAGAUGAAGUUAUAUUGAAUAAUGAUUUGUCUCAAUCUUAUGUUAAAAUUUACACACUUUUGUUUAUUUUUCUAAGGUGAAUAAGUAGUAGGUGUACUAGGGUUUGAAUUAUGGUUCAUGUAUAUGAUAAACAAUGUUCAUAUCAAGGGAGAUAUGCCCACCUCUAGUUUGUUUUAAAAUUAAUAAUUAAGCUUGUGCAAUUUGUUUCUUAUUA